AUGGAGAGAACUCAGUUGCUUCUGCAAAUUGCCGCCAUGAGACAAGCUCUAUUCGAUGAGGGAAUUCUGGAUAAGCAUUUUACUUAUCUUGAAAAUCUAGAAGAAAAUGGUAACCCUAAUUUUGUUGAAGAUACCACUGGAUUAUUUUUCAGGGACUCCGCCAACAUGCUGGCUACCAUUGAGCGGACUUUGGAGAAUACUCCAGUUGAUUUCAUGAAGUUGGAUAAGUGCUUUUAUCAGCUAAAAGGAAGCAGUGGUAGCAUUGGUGCCAUCAGACUGAAGAAUGAAGUUAAUCGAACGAGAGAAUAUUGCGAACAAGGGAAUUUGGAAGCUGCAAAGGCAGCUUUCCAACAACUGAGAAAUGAGCAUAACAUUCUCAGGGCUAGGCUUGAUUCUUACUUACAGUUACUGAGACAAGCUGAUUCUUCUUCUGAUGAAAGUUAG